AUGGCUUGGGGAAGAAGGUUUAUGAUGGCAACUCGUGUACGUUCAGUGCAAUAUUUAUGGGCGGGUCUCUCAAUUUGUACGCUCAUCACCCGGUCGCACCUGCGAAGAGUGGCCAGAAGCCUAGCGGGGAAUCGUGAAGCUUGGCUCGAAGGUACUGGAGCCUUCAGGAACCUUCGAGUCCUGGCCAAAGAGUACCGCGAGCGUUUCAUCGACGAAGCAAAUGCCAGAGCUCGGAGCCAACGCAGAACCGCAGACUUCGGAGACGUUUCCGAGUCUGAAUCACAAGAACAUGAAGGCUCAAGUCCCGAUAACUUUUUCGAGUGCCUGCCGUUCGCUGAUUCGGUUAAGGAGGACAGUGACACCCGGCUCAGUGAAGACGAUGUUGGACUGGCUAUUUUGCACCGUCUAUGCGACGAGGACAACGCUUCACGUGCCAGAGUGACGGUCACCGUCAGCAGCCCCGCCUCGGACGCACUGCAAGCCAAGGUACCACGCACGCCACCUUCGCCUGCGGUCCCCAGGCCUCCAAAACGUGGCACAUGGAAAAGCGUGUCUGCAAAGCUGCCAUUCUCAUGA